AUUGCUUUGUCGGAGAAAUGAUUUUGUAACUUAUAAAAUUUUGAUGUAGUGAAUAAUUGUGAGUUGCUAAAGUUUUGUACUUUAAGAUUUUCAAUCUUAAAGUUAUCGUACUUUAUGUUUGUGAAGGUGAAAUUAAAGGAAUACCACCGUUGAGUCAAUCACUAUUUACAUUUCAGUAACGUGUUAUCAUAAUAUAGUAACUGAUAAAUUGACAUUUUAAAAUGAAUUAUGCACAAAUAUUGUUGAGUUAUUGUAUGAUAUUUGAUUAUAAAACAUACAAUAAUAUGUUAUAUUUAAAUAAUUUAAUCAGUUAUGAUGGAAGUCUAAAAACUAAUUAGUCGAUUGGGUUUAUUUUUUAAGAUUAAUUUUUCAUGCACUAGUAAUAUUUUCUGUAAUUUUAAAAACUACGUCAGACUGACUUAAUGAAGUUUUUCAUUUAUUUAGUAAAUGUAAAUUUUCAUUUCGAAUUAUUUCCAUUUCAGAUAAAACAUUUCAAUGUACAAUUUUUCAAAAAUUUCUCCAUUUCUACUCAAAAUUCGAUCAUGUGUUAUUUUACCUCAAUGUGGUGGACGUUAUUUCCCUCCAGGAACACUUUAUCGUCCACAUCAUGAACGUUUUGAUGAGAAUUGUGAACGUAAACCACUGCCUCAUCCGGAAACUCCAAGGUUACAAGAAAUUCCUGUAACAGAUCCUAGAUUUAAGGCGAAAAUUGCCGGUAAAAGACCAAUUCAUGUAAUUUGUGAACCUAACCAAGUUUAUUGGUGGUGUUCUUGUGGUCAUAGUAAACGUCAACCAUUCUGUGAUGGACAUCAUAUUCGGAUUUUAGGCUCAAAUCCAACGUUUAAAAUCAAUAAGCGAGAAUUCAAACCCAUUCGUUUAGUUUAUGAACAACCAUCUGAAGUAUGGUUUUGUACAUGUAAACAGACAUCAGAACCACCCUAUUGUGAUGGAAGCCAUAAUUGUGAAGAAGUACAGUCUAAAACUAAACACUAA